GCGCCCGGCGCCCGGGUGUGAUGCGAGCGUCAUGGUGGGGAUGCUGGCUUCGCGGCGGUGAGAGAGCGAGCGACGGCGACAGCGACAGCGACAGCGAGCCAGGGGCGGAGGACGCCAGGAUUCGGAUCUUGCUGCUGUGUGGGCUCGGCUCUCUCCCCCCUCCCUCUCCCCCCUUAAUUCGGUUGUGGGUUCGCACAUUUACAAUCCCCCCGACUCCGUCCUCUCCCCACCACUGCAAGUCUUCCCGUCUCUAAAUGGAAUUCGUGGAGCGCGGAGCCUCUGGUGUAACGAACAGACAUGAUCUAUGGACGCAGUUUGUUGCACAUUGUAGCAAGUUUAAUCAUCUUCCAUUUGUCUGGGGCAACCAAGAAAGGAACAGAAAAGCAAACCACCUCGGAAACUCAGAAGUCAGUGCAGUGUGGAACUUGGACAAAACAUGCAGAGGGAGGUAUCUUUACCUCUCCCAACUACCCCAGCAAGUACCCCCCUGACCGAGAGUGCAUCUACAUCAUAGAAGCUGCCCCAAGACAGUGCAUUGAACUUUACUUUGAUGAAAAGUACUCUAUUGAACCGUCUUGGGAGUGCAAAUUUGAUCAUAUUGAAGUUCGAGAUGGACCUUUCGGAUUUUCUCCAAUAAUUGGACGUUUUUGUGGACAACAAAAUCCACCUGUAAUAAAAUCCAGUGGAAGAUUUCUAUGGAUUAAAUUUUUUGCUGAUGGAGAGCUGGAAUCUAUGGGAUUUUCAGCUCGAUACAAUUUCACACCUGAUCCUGACUUUAAGGACCUUGGAGUUUUGAAACCGUUACCAGCUCCAUUUUUGUAUGUUUGUUUGGCAUUUCGUUAUGUAGCAUGUGAGUUUGAGAUGGGCGGUCCUGAAGGAAUCGUGGAAUCUAUACAAAUUAUGAAGGAAGGCAAAGCCUCUGCGAGCGAGGCCGUGGAUUGCAAGUGGUACAUCCGGGCACCUCCACGAUCCAAGAUUUACUUACGCUUCUUGGACUAUGAGAUGCAGAAUUCAAACGAAUGCAAAAGGAACUUUGUGGCUGUGUAUGACGGCAGCAGCUCAGUGGGGGACCUGAAAGCCAAGUUCUGUAGCACUGUGGCCAAUGACGUCAUGCUCCGCACGGGUCUUGGGGUCAUCCGCAUGUGGGCCGAUGAGGGCAGUCGGAACAGCCGGUUUCAGAUGCUCUUUACAUCCUUUCAAGAACCUCCCUGUGAAGGCAAUACAUUCUUCUGCCAUAGUAACAUGUGCAUCAACAAUACGCUGGUCUGCAAUGGACUCCAGAACUGUGUGUAUCCUUGGGACGAAAAUCAUUGUAAAGAGAAGAGGAAAGCCAGCCUGCUGGACCAGCUCACCAACACCAGUGGGACUGUCAUUGGCGUGACUUCCUGCAUUGUGAUCAUCCUUAUUAUCAUUUCUGUCAUUGUGCAGAUCAAACAGCCUCGUAAAAAAUAUGUCCAAAGGAAAUCAGACUUUGACCAGACAGUUUUCCAGGAGGUGUUUGAACCUCCUCAUUAUGAGUUAUGUACUCUCAGAGGGACAGGAGCUACCGCUGACUUUGCGGAUGUGGCCGAUGACUUUGAGAACUAUCAUAAACUGCGGAGGUCCUCUUCUAAGUGCGUUCACGACCAUCACUGUGGGUCCCAAGUGUCCAGUACGAAAGGCAGCCGCAGUAACCUCAGCACGAGAGAUGCUUCUGUACUGACAGAGAUGCCCCCGCAGCCCGUCAAACCCCUCAUCCCGCCCAUGAACAGAAGAAACAUCCUCGUCAUGAAACACAACUACUCGCAAGAUGCCGCAGAUGCCUGUGACAUCGAUGAGAUCGAGGAGGUGCCAACGACAAGUCACAGGCUGUCCCGACACGACAAAGCCGUCCAGCGGUUCUGCCUCAUUGGGUCUCUAAGCAAACAUGAAUCUGAAUACAACACAACUAGGGUCUAAAAAGAAAAUUCAAGCUAAACUCUUCAAAACACUUCAAGCCUAUCAACUAUUCUUGAAUUAGGGGAAUGCAUUUCCAUGCUCUAUCUUACCUUAAUAAAUUGGUGUAUUUGUAUGCAUUUUUCAUUGGGAGAAAAUGUUUUAACUGUGUUUUAUUUUCAGAGAAGAACUAUUUAUACAAACAUGGGGACUGUGAAACGAAAAUUCUAUAGUGAAUUGUGAAAAGUGGACAUAUUUCUAAAUUCAUUCCACUGCCUUUAUCCAAACUUAAGAAUUCCAGACAUUUGUUAUUCCUUCGGCAAGACAUCCCCGCUGCACAAUGAUAUGUUCAUUUCGUAAUUUGGUUGCUGGCCACCAAGUGCUCCUUAGUUUUUAAAUACAUUUUGAGAUUUACUGGAAACUUGAAGAAGAAAUUAGUUCCUGAUUAAGACUAUCCCAACUUUUAUUUUUACUGUUAGUUUCACUUUGUUUCUAUGUUGUUUCAUGUCCUUGUUAUAUAAUUGUACGUUGUGUGAUAUGUGAACAACACGAUUUUGGAUGAACUUUGUGUUACAUGUACGUUGUUUUCAUUAGAUAGACUGCUUGAAAAUAGUGCGUUCCUGAGGGAUUUUGAACAUGCUACAGUUAAGAAGUGAAAAUAUGGACCAUGGAAGCACCAGCUAGAGUUUUAUGGACUAUAAACAUCUGUUGUUGUAUUAUGAUUAAAUGCAGCCAAAAGUCAUGAGUAAAAAUAACAAGAUUGCAAUAAGAAACAUCUCAUUUUUGGGGGUUCUUUCCCAAAUGUUCCCCCCUCCCAAUUUCCUUUUUUGUUUUCUAUCAAAGGAAGAUACUAAGUUUCAGAAAGAGUUUUUGAAAUCAGGUAUUUUACCAUUCAUACCCAUCAAUAGAAAUGUUUUUUGAUUAAGCACUUAGCAAUAUGACUGAAUUGAGAGUUUGAGAAAAUACCCUGCAUGUCAAUACUCGAUAUUUGAGUUGGAAAAAUAUCCUUUUUAUUAGACACAUUGUAAAAAGCAUGCAUUCUCGAAAACUGCUGUUACGCUUCCAUUUCUUUGUGUCAUAUGCUUGCUACUUGUAACUUUUUAUAUAAAGAUAUAUAAAAAUGUAUAAUAUUUCCUAACUUGAGUUAAGAAAAAUGUUUUCUUCUAUUAGAGUGAUAAAAACUGACUUACAUAAGUGCACACUUUAUAUCAACUCUUUCUACCUGUUAGGCUCUAGGAUGUCUUUUAGUAUUGAGGCUUACUUCUCUAAAUUUGAUCUCUCAAAUUUUAUGGAAUAUGUUCUCCUUUUAGAAUAGGAAAAUCUUUUUAAAUGCUUUAAAAUCACAGGCCCUUUUAUGACCCAAAUUAUACCAUUCUGGGUUGUUCUCAUACUCAGGUGCACAUAUAAUACCUGAAAGCUUACUAAUCAUGAUGUGUUUAAUAUAAAUAAAGUAAAAUCAUAUACUACAUUUGAUUGCCAUUGAAUCAUAUACACACUCUCGAAAGUUUGAUUUAAUAAAUGGAUACUUUUUAAAUAUUCAAUGUGUAUUCUUAGAAAAUAAAUUUUAAAAGUCAGAAUUACUAUAAAUCUGCUUACCAACAUCUCCAAAACUGCUGAAUUCUACAGAAGUCUGUCCUUCAAAUAAUAAAGUACUCCGGUCUAUCACAGUUAAAACUUUGUGACUCAAGCAGGCUUUACGAAUCCAUAGAUGAAUUACUUACAUACAUCUCUGUUAGGAAUUCAACUUCAUAUAUGCUAGAAAAACAAAUGGGAAAGAAAAUAAAAUUUUAUGAUAGAAACAUUAAAGAACUAUCAUAGCAAUUCUGAAUAAUCUACCUUGAAAAAAAGUCGAUAUUCAUAAAUAAUCACUUCCAUGAAUGUGAUAAACUGAUGAAUAGAAAAAAAUAUAUUGAACAUGAUAAAGAAAGAUUAUUUCUAUUGUUUUGCUACGUAUUUAUACACAUUGCUCAUGCCAUAAUUUAGCCUUUAGUAUUUGACUUGACUGAUUUAUUUAAUUGCAUGCCAAUUUUUAUGCCCUUUAAUUCAAAUGUAAUGCAUCCACAGAUUAUUUUUGAAGUGAUUAGCCAUAUUUUACUUUCCCUAUGUAGAAAUCUUCAUAGGACCCUUAACAAUUUGAGUGAAUAAUCUCAAAAAAGUAUGAUAUUCAUGUCAAGACUUAUCUAUAACAGAAAAAAAAGGAAAAUAAAUGAGGUGAACCACUUGCCAUUCACUUGCCCUAUAGCUGUGCACAGGCAGUUCUAAAUAUGCAGAUGCUUCUGAUCUGCUGGUUCACUGCUUAAAAGAUAUUUGCACUAGAAAUCCACUAAUGAAACAACAAAAUCCAAACACACUAAGCAAAAUGAUAAAAAUGGAUUUCUUAUGUAUAUUUAAUACACAACAGCUCCAGGGGAGAGCACAAAUAUUUCAAAUGACGACUAGGUCUCCUCAGUGGUCAUACUAAAAAUAUUUAAUAUCAGUCAUUGACGAAUCACAAAGAAAGGUAGUGUGAUGUCAGGGCAGAGACCUCAUGGCUUACAUUAGCCCUCAAGAUCUCUAGAUGCAGGACCUUGAAAGUGUGGGAUUCCACUAUACCUCGGAGGCCCCUGGAAGAAGCUCUUUAAAAGCCAGUACUGAAAUGUAUCCAUAUAUUAAAAACUCCUAUUUACUGGUACAUCAGACCCUAUCACCUGAAUAUCAACUUUUCAUUUACAUUCAAAUGGGAAGACACAUCGUAGGUAAGGAAUGAGAUGUUUCAAGAUGUUCAAGAUGUUUCAAAUCAACUUAUUUUAAUAAAUAAUUAUAUUUUUUGAUGAAGUGAAUUCAAAUAUGACUUACACAAGUGCUUUAUUGAUUCCACAAAAUGUUCUCCAAAAACAUAAUUACACACUAUGUUAGUUAAUUUGAAAAUAGCUGUUUUCCUUUUAUUUCUUUAUUUUUGAAUUCACUUUCAAAAACUGGGAGACAUAUCAUGAGUCUAUGCAACACCUGUGAAAACCUGCAUUCAGCCUCUUACUUUUGUCCAAGUGCAUUUCAGUUGCCUAAUUCAAGGUUGGUGUGCUGAUUUGGAAACAAAAUUUUUUGUACCUGAUUUUAUAUACAUGCAAUUGCUAUGCAUCAUAUUGCAAAGUAGACAUAUGUGAUGUUGGUUUUCCAUAAAUCACUUUCAUUUGGUCAGAUAAUUAAAAUGUGGCUAUAAACGUAACUGUAGAUAAAUGUCUUCGGACUUUUGAAGGAGAACAAUCCACACUGGAAAUGUUGACUUUUCUGUUUUGCAUCAUUUUUUUUCCACUAAAAAUAUUUCAGUGGGUCUGACUCCAUAAACUGUUAUUCCUGGUGUUUAAUAAAGUUAGGACUUUGACAAAAACUGAAUGAAUAUUCACAUAAGCUGUUGCAUCAACUUUUUCUAUGUUUUUCCUCCCUUAGGAAUUUGAGUUUUCCUCAAAUUUGAUAGCUUUUAAAAAAAAAUCCCAUGAAUGGAUUUUCCUUGACCUCAGAAUAUCAUAAUAAAUGACAAAAUAUGA